CAAUUAAUAAAUUCCAAAUGGAUCGUUCAGUUUUAGUUGCUUUUCUUCUUUUAUCAUUUCUUCUAGCCACAGAGAUGGGGCCUAUGUCAGCGGAGGCUAAAACAUGCGAGGUUGAAAGCGGUAAAUUCAAGGGGAUGUGCAUGAGUUCUACCAACUGUGCUAGUGUUUGCAAAUCAGAGCCUGGUUUUGAUGGUGGACAUUGCCAAGGCUUUCGUCGCCGAUGCUUGUGCACUAAGCCUUGUUAGAUCAACAAUCUAUUAUAUUUCAUUGUCACGAAGAUUGCCUUUUUUUACUUAUCAUGCAUUAUAUGCUUGAGAGUUGAGAGAAAUAAGACAUCUCGAACAUGUUUUGUA